ACUCACUUCAUCACUAGCUUCGCAAUGGAGUCUGCACAUUGACAUCCGGAGACCAUCAGCGGAGAGACCCGCAAUGUCUGAUGGCGGUAAGACCAAGAAGACAAGUGUAGGCUUUCAUUUUCUAGCCGGCCUGGGAUCUGGAUGCGCCAGUGCUGCAUUACUUCAGCCCGCGGAUCUCCUGAAGACUCGAGUACAACAAUCAAAUGCGGGAUCACUGCGACAGGCUCUACGAAACGUUCUUGAUGGACCGAAUCCUAUACGUUCACUAUGGCGCGGCACAACUCCUUCUGUCAUCAGGACGGGUUUCGGUAGCGCAUUAUACUUUGGCCUACUCAAUCAGAUGAGAGAAUAUGUCUCUCGCAUGCCUGUCAUACCUGUCCCUGGACUUCCUACUACUGGCGUUGGAGCAGGUCAGAGUUCGUCAGUUUUGCCAAAGAUUGGCAAUGUGGCGAACCUUGCGACUGGUGCAGCAGCGCGAGUUGCGGCGGGUUUCAUCAUGAAUCCUGUUACGGUUCUGAAGGUCAGAUAUGAGAGUACGCACUACUCUUACACUUCCAUGGCCAGCGCAGCACGAGACAUUAUCCGAACAGAAGGUGCGCGUGGAUUCUUUGCAGGCUUCGGCGCUACUGCUGUGCGAGAUGCACCAUACGCCGGCUUGUACGUUCUAUUAUACGAACAGUCAAAAGCUCAGCUUGCGAAACUAUCAAAACUGGUACCCGGCCCAGAUGGAGAACCUGGAGUGCGGAGCAUGGGCAGCAAUGCCACAAUCAACUUCAUGAGUGGCGUGGUAGCGGCAAUGGCAGCUACUACUUUGACGAACCCUUUCGAUGCGAUCAAGACUCGGUUGCAAAUUGCUCCGGGAAAAUACAGGAAUCUCGUACAGGCCGCUCGGACAAUGUUGGCUGAGGAAGGCGUUCGGAGCAUGUUUUAUGGGCUCAGUUUGAGGAUCGGGAGGAAAGCUGUGAGCUCGGCUUUGACGUGGACUGUGUAUGAAGAGCUGAUACGAAGAGCUGAGCGGGUUGUGGAGGAUAGGGUCAAGAUCGGUGCGUGAAUUGGGCAUACAGGGAAGCCCUAAUUCCAUUGGCGAGCUCACUUGCAUUGUGUAACAGCGUGCGCUGAAGGAUUAGCAUAGAGCGAUCUCUACUCAUACCAUCUCAACAACUGUACCUGAGCUGCCCGACCUCUCCGGAACGCCAC